AUGAAUCUCUUUACAAUUUGUUUAGUUAUCAUUCUUUUAUACAUCACUUCUCUUUCUCUUCUCACAUUCCUUUCAGCCACGCCGCUCUCUACACUACCGGAUGUGCAUACAACUAUGGAUUGGAUUCAUCAUCAUCAUCGUCACUAUUAUACACAAUGGCAGUCUAUACAGUGUUGGUAUGAAAACAAGAAAAGUGUAUUGAUGGAAGGUAUUGCACCAUUACGAGCUCUAUUGUUGUUACUAUUGCAGAGAUUAAACAUCACAUUAUGGCCUAACGAAAUGAGAUCUCUACAAGAAAAAGAAAAAGAAAAAGAAGAAAGUACGAAAGAGAAAGAGUCUUCAUUACAGUUACUACUGAUAUUAUGUUCACUCUGUAUAUUUCUUUCCUUAUCGUUUUCAGCUGCAUGGUUGUGGAGUAGAAGAGUUGCUACACUCUUAUUAAAGGAAGAAGAAGAAGAGGAAGAAAAAGAAAAAGAAGAAAGUAUUCCAAAAGAAAAGAAAGCUGUCAUUCAACGACAAAUGACAGUAGUAGGAACUUUUAUUAUUCUUCUUAUUCUUCUACCUGUACUUCUUGCAGAAGUGAUUUCAACACGGCCUGUGGCUUUAGGAUCUGUGUUGUGUUUAUGGGCCCUUUACUUUCUCUUAAAGGAUGAGACCAGACUUCACCCUUAUGUAUCUUCUCAUAUGAAAGAUUUUAAACAAUUUGAUCUUUCUAAACCAAUUGUAUGUGAAGGUGGAAUUCACUGUUUUCCAAUGUGGCGGAUCCCAACACUUUCAUAUUUAUUAUUAUUUUGGUUUUUAUUAUGUUUGGCGUGUGGAGUAGAGCCACGUGUGGUUUCUCUCACACUUGCGGCUGCCGUAUGGACAGUGACGGCCUGUUAUCAAUGGGCCUUUCACCCAGUGCUUGUAUUAGCAGAAACCUUAUCUUCUCAAUCGAAAGGAGAAGAAGAAAAAGGAAAAGGAGGAAGAAGAAGAAGAAGAAUAACAACAGCAACUGGAAAAGAAAUGAUACUUGUUGGGUUUUCCUGUUAUAAGGAUAAAGUAUUUUUUUGGUGGACUGUUGUAGAGUUGUUAAUGAUAACCGUAAUUGUUGUUGCGGUGAUGUUCUUUCCAUUCUUCUCUUCUGUUAUUUCUAAUGGGAAUCUCCUUUAUACUGUUAUAUCUCCAUUUACAUUUCCCUUGGAUAUGAGAAGAAUAGUAGGACCAACAAGAACAACAACAAUUACUACUACUACAACUACUACUUCUAUUCCAGCAUUAGAAAUAAUAAAUUUCUCUGCAUUACUUUCGUUUUCUUUUAUUCCGCAUACGAUUUCUCCUCAUGCUACUUCCGUGAGUGGUGGUGUAGAGGCAGGGAAUAUGAAUUGUCUCUCUUUCGUUAAUUCCACAAGAAACGUUUAUUGUCCAGUCCCCGCCAGUAAUAUUUGGUUCAUCUCAGAGUAUUUAGGUUUGUUACCAUGGACUUGGUUCUUUAAGAGUUUAGUCUCCUUCUUCACAACAGCCACUGGAUCACAAGUUAUCAGUUCUGCAUUUAAAUUAUUUGUGAAUAUCACUAUUCUUUCUGUGGCCUUACUGCAUGCAAUUCCACUUUUCGCGUUAUUGGUGUAUAGAUGGCAUGCACCACCAGUCAUGUUUAACUCCACCUCUGAGCGAAGAUCCGCUUUGGAAGAACGACAACAACAACAAGAAAAUAAUAAUAAUAAUAAUAAUAAUAAUAAUAAUAAUAAUAAUAAUAAAGCCAAUGUGAGAGAUCAACAGGAUGGAGUUCAGUGUGUGGAGAAUAGAAGAUCUAAAGAUACUCCCACUAUUAUGAAGUCUCUCUCACAAGGUGUGUAUAUUGUAAAACAAAUGGCUAUGUGUUGUUGGUUUCUUGUGUUUAGUGAUAUAACUGGAUAUUUAUUUUUAGCGUGGGGUAAUCAUCAGAGAUCCAUGUAUUUUAUGAUCUUUCUAACACCAACUGCUUGUCUGUGUAGUUUACAUAUAAUGUGUAUCUGGCUUCAGCGAAACUAUAAGGAUAUUUACCAUAAUCCUUCAGGGAAUGUAUUGAGAAAUGAAAAGGAAAAAAAACAACCUUCUCAACAACAAGAAGAGGAAGAAGAAAAGAAAACGCAAACAUUAUUUGGUAUAUCUCUUACGGAGAAGGGUGAUGUGUGGUGUAUAGGAAUUCUUACAGCAGCUGUAUAUAUUUCUCUUAUUAUCUCCAUCAUGCCAUGUACACAAGGCAUCAUGUUAAGCGUAUUGGUAUUCAUAUUGUAUAUUUCCUUUACUAUUCUCGUUAUUCUUACUGCCGUAAUGAUGAUCAACUAUCACAUUUUUUCUAAACAUAUUGUGAUAUCUAUGGCACUGGCAAUUCUUACUCUCAUUGGAUGUGGAUUUCCUCUCUGGCGGGAAGUAGAUUAUCGUGAUAUUAUGCGGGGGAUAAUAGUUAAUGGAAUUUUAUUUUUUAUUGCUGCUGUUUACAGUGGUACUCGUGUCGUGAAGUACGCUCUUGAAGCGGAAGAUAUUAUUUUCUCUUCUCGGUAG